AGAAAUGGAAUAAGUCUACACACUGACGUCUUUUGUUAUGUAUUAAUAAGUUGUAUGUAGGGCUACUGAGCCGACAGAGCAGUUGAGAGAUGGAACAACCAUGUACAGCGAAAGAAGAGCCAGGUCUCCACUUGUCAGCCCUACGCCUGGUGAAUUCUCCACUGCGACUGAUUUGUGCCACCAUUUGGAGAGUUGUCCAGGAAAUGGAUGUCUUCAACUAUGGGAUAUUGGAGGGAUUUCUGACUCUAAUUGCAGAGUCUGUUCCGGACUUAUUAAGUCAACGGCAAUGGGCUCAGCUCAUUCUUGGGCUAAGGGCAAAGACGGUCCUCGAGUUGUGUCGCUGUGAUAGCCCUGCUGACCCUGAGACCAUUCAGCAUCACCUAGACAGAAUGCGGCUCCCUGUCCAGUCUUGGGUAAAGGAGGUAGAUGUGGAAGCUUCGGAGUCCAAUUUCCUCGCCCUUGUAGAUAUUCUCCUGACUGACCCAGUGGAGAGAGAGAUUUUCUUUCAGGAGGUGUUUCCUGUGGACUAUGGGCCGAAGUAUGACCUUGCACUGCAGAGACUCAUCUCGAUGUUUGUGACCAGAUUUGAGGAGCUUCUUCCCAUGCCUCGCAUAGACAAGCUUGCUGCAAUGCUUUGUGUUGCACCGUCCAUCAUGGAGGAAUGUGUUCAAACACUUUCAAAUCCAGAGGAGUUACUGAACUCACUCAGCCAUCUGAAAAAUCAUGCAGAAAAUGAAACCAAAGGUAGUUCACCAUCACCGCCACUCGAAGAAGAUGACUACAUUUUCUCCUGUCUUUCGCAUCCUCCAAUAGUGCAAGUAGUGAUGGACACGGAGCAUAAAGCCUGUGACAUUGAGUCGUCCUACUGUGAAGAGGUCUCGGUGGAAUGCGAAGAGGUCAGCGUGUUACACUCUGAGCUUCAGCCAGAUGGCAUCAAGAUAGAAAGUGAAUCGAGAGAGGAGCUGGUUGAGACUGCUGACAGCCAGCAUGGACUGACUUAUCACCCCCAGACGCAUGUGGGUGAGGAUGCUAAGGACAAUUUGUCCAAGCAGAUGAUGACCAAUCCAGGAGCACAAGGUCUGCUGAGAGCUGAGGAGUCCGCCAGCUCUGACAUCAAGUUCAUAAGAGAAGAUGGCAUGGUGGUGAAUGCUCAAGGACUGGCUGUUGAGAGCAGAGCAGAGGGAGUUGAGACAACUGGACACGAGGAGGGACUUCUGAGUGCUGAGAUACAGCCUAAAGAGGAGAUCAACAACUCAUGUCAGAUAGCGUCAGACAAUCGUACCAAUGGCAUUUGCCACCAACGCCGGCUCGCUGUCAAACUUGAAAGGGUUGACAUCACAGGCAAACCUCUGCCUCUGCUCACAAGACAAAGUGGCAGAGUUAGGAAGAAGAGGGUCAAGUUGCUCUGGAGGAAAAACAAAGGGCCCGAGAUCGCUUGGAUUGUCCCAGGCGACGAGCCUAACCCAGCAACAAAGCUUCAGCAUUCAGUCACAACUGCGAAAAGGGAUAAAUUGGGUUCCAAGCUAGCAGCUGUGGUCUUCACCUGCUCCAAGUGUUCUUUUCACCACGCCUCUCAGGCGAUCUUGCACAAACAUCUCAUGAAGGAUCACCCAGAUGUGUUCAGCAGGCUCCUGUCAGCAGGCUUUAGCCAGAAAAAGGUUGCUGAACUACAUGGAGAGCAAGGCGGUCAAGAAGAUUCUUCGGUUCAACAACUUGGGCCUGCCAAAGGAGGGUCGGCAAAAACGUGCCCGGUGUGUAGAAAGAUUUUCACACGCGGUACAGACAUGAGGAGGCACCUCAAAAGCCACUUGACAGAACAGCUGCAUUUCUGCUCUGGUUGCGGCAGGUGUUUCCAGUACAUAGAGGACCUUAAGAGACACACGGCUGUUUGCAAGGACGUUGUCCCCGACGGCGCUCAGCCAAACGAGGAGCCACAGAAAACUGGUGAUGGUGUCAAAAAUACAGGCAGAGUUCUGGACAGUGUUGGUGAAGAGUCUACUCGGGUCAGCAAGGCAUCAUCUACCAUUACAGAACAGACUGCUAAUGAAGCAGUGGACCCCAGGGCGUGUCCUGUUUGUUGUCUAGUUUUGGCUCGCGCCUCAGACAUGGAGAGGCAUAUGAGAUCCCAUUCGGCGGAAAAACCAUACGAGUGUUUACACUGCGACAAAAGUUACAGGUAUCCUUACAACUUAAAAAAACAUGUUGACUUUUGUCACAAGGACUUGAAUCCCUCUGUAAAGGAAACCGACAAACAAUCUUGUGACAGUGUCCAGGAUGAGUUGGAUACAAAUCUCACACAACGGAAUGCUGCAGCAGCCUCAAAAGUAUGCCCCACUUGCAAGAAAACCUUCACCCGAGCGACGGACAUGCGAAGACAUCAAAAAUGCCACGCUGCCCGCCACUUUGAAUGCUUAAAGUGUGGUGAAAGUUUCCCUCAUUCUGCCGAGCUUAAAAAGCAUAGCCAAAACUGCUGCACGGAACCCACUGAUAACCAAGGAGUGGUCUCGUCCAAAAGACCAUUAGUCUGUGGAAAGUGUGGAAAGAAAUUCUUUUUCAUGACCCACUUCCAGAGACAUAUGAGGGCGCACCGUCAGUCCAGCAAGCCUACCAAGCGCUGGCACAAGUGUGCCAAGUGCGAGGAAAUCUUUCGGACAUUGUACGACCUGGGAAAGCACCAGCGUUGUCACUGGGGGGACGACCCUUUGCGCUGCACACAGUGCGGCCGUCGCUUCAGCCACUCCGUUCAGCUGACCAGCCACAAGCAAAUCCAUUCCCAAACUUGUGCCACAAAGUGCACCAUGUGCGACGAGACAUUCAAGGAGAUUGCAAGCUUCCGUUUGCACUACCUGGAAGCUCACAAUAUCAAGGGCUCCUAUCCAUGCUCCAAUUGCAAAAAGACCUUCACCGAGGUGUGUCCAUUGGUGCAGCACCUUCGCACGCACACCGGCGAACGCCCGUACCAGUGCCCACAGUGUCCCAAGAGCUUCCCAACACCCGCUAAGCUCUCCAUGCACAAACGGACGCACGGGCACGGUGGGGUUAUCGCCCUUCGGGAGCGACGACACCUCUGUCACGAGUGUGGCAAGUGCUUCUACACAGCGGCUGAGCUAAAGCGGCACGAAGGGUCCCACCGCGACGAGCGGCCGCACACAUGCACCCACUGUGGCAAAGGCUUCAAGGAGCUGCGAACCUUAAAGGCACACAUGGAGUGCCAUGUUGACAGCCAGGAGAGACAGCGGCACCCUUGCUCUUUCUGCGGCAAGACUUUUAUCAAAGCAGGAGCGUUGGUGCGCCACAACCGCAUUCACACCGGGGAGAGACCGCAUCGCUGCGACAGCUGCAACAAGAGCUUCCUGACGCACUCUGAGGUGCUCAAGCACAUGCGCUUCCAUACUGGCGAAAGGCCGUUUAAAUGCCAACUCUGCGACAAGAGUUUCACUCAGUCCUGCUACUUGACGGCGCACAUGCGGACUCACACGGGAGAGAAGCCUUACGCUUGCUCCAUGUGCGAGAAACGCUUUGCUGACAGUGCCCACCGGAAACGCCACAUGCUCAUCCACACUGGAGAAAAACCUCACGUCUGUGAACGCUGUGGCAGGGCCUUCAAUCGAAAGAAUCUUUUGAAUGUUCACCUCAAAACAUGCACAUUAUGACAAAUAGUACAAGACGAAUAAUACAUUUAUUGCCACACGUGGAUGAAACAUGUUAAAUUUUCUGAAUUGUUUAUUUCUCUCUAGUAAAGGAAUGUCAAACUA